AUGUAUUUCGCGGUGUUGUGCAGCUGUAUUACGACGUUGAUGUGUAUUCUAAUGAUACCAACCUUCUACUCAGCAAUAAACGUUGUUCAUAACGAAGUGAUUCAACAAGUACAAGCGUUUCGUAUUAAUACAGAUUCAGCAUGGUCACUAAUGAUCGAUAUACAAACGCAGUUGACUGCACCUCAGGAGAGGCCGCAUCAAAAUGCUUUCAAAGCUGCACUCUCCCGUAAGAAACGGCAGAAUUUUGCUGGACUGCCGUCGUUUUGUCAUUGCGAAACGAUGAAGCCACAAUGUCCACAAGGACCACCUGGUCCGGCUGGGGAACCUGGACCUGACGGACCACCAGGACCUCGUGGAACACCUGGAAUAGAUGGUCCACCAGCACUACCUACUAAUCCAUGUCUUAGGGCUGACAACGGUUGCUUCAAAUGCCCACUCGGACCUCCAGGUGAAUUGGGACCUGAUGGAUCGCAAGGUGAACCUGGACCAGAUGGAAAACCGGGACCUGCUGGACCUGCGGGUAAAAUAGGACCUGCAGGCCCAGUUGGUCCAGCUGGUGAUAUUGGCCCGGUCGGCCCAGCAGGUGCUGCAGGCCAUAAAGGAGAGUCUGGUAAGGAUGGAAGAAAAGGUAAAGGGAGACGUGGACCGAAAGGACCACAAGGACCGCCGGGACCUGCUGGGAAUCCAGGUGUUGAUGGAAAGGUAGGAGCGACUGGAAAGCAAGGUCCAGUGGGACUGAUCGGUGCACCAGGCAAACAAGGACAAGCUGGAGAGGAUGGCAAAAUCGGAGCUAAAGGAGUAGAUGGACUUCCAGGUGGUGAUGCGGCUUACUGUCCUUGCCCACCCCGAUCGCAUCUUUUGAUUGCACCGAUCUAA